UGCGUGCGUGCCCCUGCUGUGGUUUAAAGCAGUGCGGGAGACCCCGUGCAGCUGCCAACGCCCGGUGCAGACUGACUGUCGCUGCUCGGUGGGAGGAUACUGUCGCAUAUUGGAUGCGCAUAGUUAAGGUGGAGACGAACAACGUGACGUACAGCUAUGCAGACGAUUAAAUGUGUGGUAGUUGGUGAUGGUGCUGUUGGUAAAACAUGUCUCUUAAUCUCGUACACAACAAACAAAUUUCCAUCGGAAUACGUUCCAACGGUAUUUGAUAACUAUGCUGUAACUGUUAUGAUCGGAGGUGAGCCAUACACCUUAGGAUUGUUUGACACAGCAGGUCAGGAAGAUUAUGACAGAUUACGACCACUGAGUUAUCCACAGACAGAUGUUUUCCUCGUAUGCUUUUCUGUUGUGUCACCAUCUUCAUUUGAAAAUGUUAAAGAAAAGUGGGUACCUGAGAUCACUCACCAUUGUCCAAAGACUCCAUUCCUGCUGGUUGGGACUCAAAUUGAUCUGAGGGAUGACCCAUCAACUAUUGAGAAGCUCGCCAAGAACAAACAGAAACCAAUUGCCCUGGACACUGCUGAAAAAUUGUCCAAGGACCUGAAGGGAGUCAAAUAUGUGGAGUGCUCUGCUCUGACACAGAGAGGUCUGAAGAAUGUUUUUGAUGAGGCUAUCCUAGCUGCCCUCGAGCCACCGGAAACUCAAAGGAAGCGGAAAUGCUGUAUAUUCUAAACUGUCUGCCCCUCAUCUUUCUCUGUAUUCCAUUUGGUAGAAAUGCUAUUGAAAUGAGUCCUUUUUAACUGUUACAUCUCCUUCAAAGGUACUGGUCCCAUUUACACAGCUGUCUUUGCAGGUGUCUAGUCUGAUAUGAUUGGUGUGGUGUGCUUCAUGCACUUGCCUCGUUUUUGUGGUCGCAUGCAACUCGAGCUGCAGUAAAGUGGAAUAUUUUUCUUCUCUGGCUGAGUUGUCUUUUAGAGACCUGUGUAAAUGGAGCCGAUAAACAUCCUAGUUGGGUUCUUGGUCUCUUGCAUAUGUGACAAAAGGUGAUGCAUUUUUGUAGCUCUUCACUUUGAAACCACGUCACUUUCAAGUGAGUCUGAAUUUGCUUCAACUCUUAUGGUGGAACAUGUAUUGUAGUGCCAUCCAACCUGUGGUAUUGCCUCCUUAAAGUGAUUUGUGUCUUUAAAAGCUCUGUACUGUAGAUUUUUCAGAAGCAAUGUAUUUUAUUUCUUGCCUGCCUAUUCAGAAUGCUUAUAGCUUAACUCCUUAUCUGAAAGUGGAUUGAUUUCCCCCUCUUCUACUUAACUCUAAAUCGAAUUGCUCUUUGCUCCCAGCAUUUUCAUAUUUUGUUAUUAAAUACUGCUUAAGAUACAAACUCCCAUUGGUAGCUAGAACUUGUGGUGAGGAAUCUAAUGAACUAGCCAUAGCUGCUUUUAAUCACAGAAGUAAUUUAUUUUACACUUUUGGGGAAAUGUUGGCCACAGUGUGUAAGUGUUUGCUUUGUUCUUCCUUACACUUCUGCAAGCUUGUAAUUUAAUAGAUUCUGGGUUCUGUUCAGUGUCAGGAAUUCCAGAUAAUGCCCUAAUUUUUUAGAUACAUUGCACAAGCACACAAUUGGAUUAUCAGUGAGUGGGGGGGGGGGGAAGGGAGGGGUUAGUGAGUUUUUACUGAAAUCAAAUUUAUUGCAAAUAACUACAGAAUAGUUAUUCAGCUGAAAAAAGGUCACCUUCAACUCAAGCCAGAUACAUUAGUUAUGACAUGAGUAGUUAGUUUGUAGAAUAGCUUGAAUUUCUGUACAAUAAAUGUGAGCAUGCUUCUUUGCUAAAACGGGGAAGUUGUAUUUUGGUGACUUGAAGUGGUACCAUGGCCCUAUAUGUAAGGUUCAAAUUGUGUAAAAUCAUUACAAAGGAAAACUUGUGCAAGUGGUGAAAAUACAGUAUGUAGUGCAUUUAGAAAUGCAGUGGGGCUCCAAUGGAGGGUUAUCUUUUAAAUUGCAGUUGGGCAUCUAUAAGAAUGUCAUUUUCUUCUAUUUCCUUUCUCUCCCUCCUUUGCACUCACUUGUAUAUGGCUAAAACCAGUUGAGGUGCAAUUGUGUCCUAAUCUUGGAUUUUUAGUGGAACUAUGAGAAUUAUAAUUGUGUGUUUCUCUCUCUUAAUUUCUCCCCCACACCCAUCCUUGUAUCUGAAGGUCUUGUUUGUUGUCUCAAAUGUACUGUACUAGCUUUUAGAUCUGCAGAUAGGGCAAUGGGGAAAAGAUAUGUGUAUUCCCCACCCCCCAUGUAGGGAGCUAUCCAGUGCAUCAAUGUGUGGGCAUCGGCAGGUCUAGCACCAAUUCCCCAAAUCAUCUUAGCUCCAAGAACAUACAUCAAUCAAUUCUGAGUUCAAUGAGGUGUUUUGAGGUGUUGGUAGGAAACCUAUAGCAAAGAUGUAUCCCCCCCUCACGCCAUUUGUUUUAUGAACAAUUCUUAUUUUCUCAAGUUUGCCAUUUUGUGGUUUUAUUUUUUUAUUAAAUGUUGAGUAUCUGUAAUGCUGAGACCCCACCUCUUCUUUCCCACUUUCCAGAAAGGACUAAAAAAUGUAUUUGACGAAGCGAUCUUGGCAGCCCUGGAACCACCAGAGACUAAUACGAAACGCAAGUGUGUUUUGUUAUGAAGUUUGUUAUGACCAGUGUCCAGCUGACAUCAGCUUACACAAGUGUUUUAACAAACUGCAAUAAUGCCUUGCACCCAUUGAAUGCGAUGGGUGGAAUGAAACGAUAAACUGUAUUUCCCCUGAUCUACAAUGCAGCAUAAGUAGAUAAAGUGAAUUUGUUUCAGAUUUUCCACUGGAUAUGCUUAACUUUUUAAUCUGCCUUCUAUUUUUAAAAAAAAUCAUCUCGUCAGUAAUUGCUUUCAUUAAUGAUCAGCCCUUUGUAAGCCCUAGUCAUGCUCCCAAGUGCCACAUCCAGAACCUAGUGCUACCGGAUUCCAAUUGUUUCCUGUCAAAUUGGAUAUGAAAUCCGUGUGUUGGCACAUGACUGCUAGAUUAGAACUGUUAAUGUGUAAAUGUUCAGCAUUCGAGUGUUGUACUUGGGAGUUGUAGGGUAAAUACUUGCUUAUGCAUAUGUGCAGACUGGAUUCAGGUGAUUAAAAAGUUAAGAAUCCCAGUGUUGUGGACCUCUCUGUCACUUUGCAAUUUUUUUCCAUUAAACUCGGAACUUCCACGUUCCUCGCACAUCGUUGUAACUUUGGUUUAAAGGACGAAAAGCUUUAUUUCAUGUUUGAAUUCUUUGUAUGUGCAUUAUUUUCGAAAUAUUAAAGUUGUACCUUUAAUGGCCUUUAUCCUCAUCCGUGAUGUGUAUUUACAAUACCAAUUCAACUUUUGCUUCAUACACUUUGUUUCUACACUUGUGUUAUUUGGCCAAAAGAGAUCCAUCCUACACUGAGCUUUAAAUCAGUACAACACUGCUGAGAGUCGCGAGUAGAUUUGAAUGCUGAAUGGCGACUGCUCCUGUUGGCUUUAUUGAACUUGUUGGACAAAUGGAAAUUUCUACCCCAUUGUCCAAUCUCUCAAUGCUGCAGUACUUAUCUAGGUAGACCCACUCAGUCCUCAAUCUCCAAUUUUUUUUGUUUGGGGAGGGAGAAGUCUUCAACAAGGUUGCGGAUUCCAAGCUAAUUGUUCACACACAUCUGUCGACAUUAUACUCAAUUUCAAGGUUUUCGGAGGCUUGUAGAUUAAAUGCAGCUAAUGUACCUUUUGUACAGUUUGGACCAGACAUCAAUAGUUCAUGUAUUUACAAGCUUAAAUGACUGGGGUUGGGCACUAAUGUGUGCAAGACUACAAAACUUUGUGCCACUGUAGAGAAGACAUAAUGACACACCACUGACUCCAUAUUGAAAUUCAGGCGACCAUUCAAACCAAAAUCUUUCCAAUAUAGAGUUAUUGUAGGACAUCCCAAAUUGUGAAAGAUGACACUGGAACAUAUACCUUCAGGGUUUUUUCUGUGCCUGUAUUUAAAACCCAAAUGGGGAAUUGUGCCACAUAAAAUUAGUAAAGUGGCUUCAAGAAAAUCUUAAAUGGGUUGUGUUGUCAGAUACUCCAUACAAUAUUUUCUUAGUCUUGAGGGGAUGCAGCAUCUUCCUAUCUACCUUGAGGAAGCACUCUUAACGUACCCACAUGGUAACCUCAAAUUUAUCAUGAAGCUUAUCUUGUGCAGUAUAAUGGUUGUCAAUACACAUCAUUGGAUGUAUUGCAAUUAACCCUAGUGCAUUGACACUGGCGUAAGCUGCCUUCUGUGUAAUUAAGGCACAAGCUUUAUAGUUGCCUUCUCUUCCCCGCCCCCCCCAUGCCCACAGAUCAUUUCUACACGCAGAAGAUCCAUGUUCUUUGUGAAGACAUUCCAUGCAUCUUACUAGAACCGAUCACUUACUCCCCGUUUGGACUAGCUAGGAUUAGAAAAGCUAAUUGUUUUUGCUGAUCAGAAUUCUGAAGCUGCACAAAGUGAGCUGCAGCAAAGGCAAGAGGCCAUGAACUGAUUUGCCACAAAGGCCCGUGUGAAGUGUGGUAUCGUUCUAUUGCAGAAUGGGCAAACGUUAAUGGUUAAUCAUAUUUUAUCCAUCCGCUAAAGGAGUAGAAAUUAAUCGCUUCAUAGUGCAUGGGAGAUUUUUUAGCUGUAAAGUAUCUGUAUGGAAAAUUGUCUGUAGUUCUGUUUUACUGUAGCAUGCAAGUCAUGUAUUUUUCCUACUCAACAUUAAAAUGAUACCUUUUUAAGUUC